CAGUUCAGCGGUCGUUGGACUCGGAGCGUCGUCUUCCUCCACAACAUUUUCUCGCUCUGCUCGUUUCUUCUUUCCCUGCUCCCGCCCACCCUUUGACCUCUGUGUUUCUAAUAAUAGCUUAAACAAAAUCCUAAAUUUCAUUCCUUCAGUUUUUCUCCAUUCAUAAUCUCAAUUUGCAAAAGCAUUAAUCAAAAUUCGCCGUCCAGAUGCCAAUCUUCUCGGUUCCCCAUCGCUCAAAGUUCUUGUCUUUUUUCCUUCUGGUCUCUGUUUAUUUUUCUUGCAGGUGUGAAAGCAACACGAGCACAGGAAAAGAGCAAACGUUAGCGAUAAUAAAACCAGAUGGAUUGUUUAAUAACUACACUGAUGAGAUAAAGAAUGUGAUAUUGGAUUCGGGUUUCGCUAUUUGUAAGGAAAUGACCCUUCAACUUGAUGAGGACGGCGUUAGAACCUUUUAUGUUGAGCAUUCUCUAAAGAGCUUCUUUCACAGUCUUAUCACAUACAUGACAAGUGGGCCGGUGUUGGUUAUGGUUUUGGAGAAGGAAAACGCGGUCGCCGAUUGGCGUGCUUUGAUUGGGCCAACUGAUUCGAGGAAGGCAAAGAUCACUCAUCCUCACAGCCUAAGAGCAAUGUGUGGAAUUGAUUCCGAAAAGAACUGUGUGCAUGGUUCGGAUUCUCCUCAAUCGGCUCAAAGAGAGGUCUCGUUUUUCUUCAAAGAGAUGUCUGCAGGAAGCAGCGUUAUGGAACAUGACGAACUGUAACUGGCCAGCAAAGUUGGGGACUGUCUUCUAAGUUUAAAGUUUUCUAGAAUACUUCAGCCAGUUGGUUCGGCCAUCGAUUGUUUGAAUGUUUUCUUGUACACUUCUGCCAGUUGGUGACUUGCUCACUGAUCAAUUGCUUAAAACAUAUAUUAUGUCAAGUGUCACACGACACAUCUUGUUAAUUUCCUGAAUACGCGAUUGUGAAUGUUGCCACCUAAGAGACGCCGAAAAGUUCCAUCUCACCCCUAAGUAACAACUCUGCACUAGAUGAAAAAUUGUUGGUGUUUAACAGUUGCAUUUGAGAUACCAGUGUGUCUGUUCUAUUAUUCUUUCUGAUGUACACUCUCAAAUGCUGAGAACGAGUUUUGUUUCUCUCUCACUUGAGGCUAAUUGGAAAAAAAAAAAGAAAGAAAAAAAGAGAAGCAAAUCUGCAGUAAAAGAAAGGUUCUUAUAAAUAUUCAAU